GGGAAAGUUGAGGCCGCGCUGCCGCCGGGUCUCCGGCCUUGAGGGCUCGGGCUCGCAACGGCGGCGGCGGCGGCCGCAGGAAGAGGCAGCGGGGGCGGGGGGAGAGGAGGGCUUGGGCCCACGCUCCCCCAGCCCCGGAGGAGCAGGCGGCGGCCGCGGACCGAGGGAUUCGCCGGGGCAGUCAGACAUCCCUGCCUUCCCCGCCUGGGAUCAUGACCCAGGCGGGGAUCGCCGUCGCCGCCGCCACCAGCGCGGCCGAGACCGCGCAGCCGGCGGUUAGAGGAAAACAUAACCUAUAGACCAUCUUCUGGCAGAAGAUGAUAGAUUUGGAUCAGAAACGGGAGGUGUUGGAAGCCAGGAAUCAAAAGUGAAGAAAUUCUGCAAACCCUUGGGUGAAAAAGGUUCCUAUCACUGUCACCAUGCCAGAAAUGACAGAGCAUGAGACUCCUACAAAAAAGCAGCAUAGAAAGAAAAACCGGGAAACACACAAUGCAGUGGAAAGGCAUAGAAAGAAGAAAAUCAAUGCUGGGAUAAACAGGAUAGGAGAGCUGAUUCCUUGUUCCCCUGCUUUGAAGCAGAGCAAGAAUAUGAUCCUGGACCAAGCCUUUAAAUAUAUAACAGAAUUGAAAAGGCAAAAUGACGAACUCCUGUUGAAUGGAGGAAACAAUGAGCAAGCUGAAGAAAUUAAAAAGCUACGGAAACAACUGGAAGAAAUCCAAAAAGAAAAUGGCCGAUAUAUUGAAUUACUGAAAGCAAAUGACAUAUGCUUAUAUGAUGACCCCACAAUCCACUGGAAAGGAAACCUUAAAAACUCAAAGGUAUCUGUUGUUAUUCCAAGUGACCAGGUUCAGAAAAAUAUCAUUGUUUACUCCAGUGGGAGUCAGCCUGGUGGAAAUAGCCAAGGAACAGCUGUUCAGGGGAUAACCUUUAAUGUUGGUCAUAAUUUACAAAAGCAAACCGCCAAUGUGGUGCCAGUACAGAGAACUUGCAAUCUUGUGACUCCUGCGUCUGUUUCUGGAAUUUACCCUUCUGAAAAGAAGCCAUGGCAUCAGACCACAGUUUCUGCCUUGGCUGCCAAUCAGCCUGUUCCUCUUUGUCUUCCUGCUGCCAUUUCUGCUCAAAAUAUUCUUGAGCUUUCCACCUCCGAAAGUGAAUCAAGUGUGCUUGGUGCCUCUGGUGGCUCACUGAUUGCUGUAUCAGUUGGUCCUGAACUUCAUCAGUAUCCUUCCUCACACAUAUGUACGAAUGAUCAGAAUUCUUCUGAAAAUAACAGUGGGUUAGACAGCACCAAAUUAUUAAAGAAGACAGCCCCUUGUGUCACAAGUGUCUCCCCCAGCUCCUCAGCAACUACCACUAAAGUACACCAUGGAAUCAAGUCCUGCUUGAGCCUCCAGAACUGCAGAGGUGAUUUUCAAAACACCUUUGUUGUUUCAGUUACCACCACAAUCUGCUCCCAGCCUCCCAGAUCUUCAGGAGAUUCUUCUCCACUGAGCAUUAGCAAGUGCACAGACUCAACAAAUAAAACCACAGUGGUGGCACCUUCUGCCCCUUCAGUAGGGAAGAUCACCACUCCGGUAAGCACUCUUUCCGCAAAUCCUUUGGACAAUGGUUGGACCCUUUCUUGUUCUUUGCCUUCUUCAAGUGCUAGUGCUUCAGAUUUGAAAAACAUUAACAGCCUUACCCGAAUUUCUUCAGCUGGAAACACACAGACAACGUGGACUACUUUGCAACUGGCAGGAAACACUAUUCAGCCCUUAAGCCAGACACCAUCUUCCACUGUGACUCCAGUAUUGAGUGAGUCUAGUACUAGCCCCCCCACAAGCAACCACAGUAGACAUGUGGCUACAGGCAUCAAUUUAAACAAUUCCCUUCCAGCAGAUGGACAACCAGUUGAGCAAGUAGUUGUUACCUUGCCUUCUUGUCCACCUUUACCUAUGCAGCCACUAAUUUCCCAGCCACAAGUUAAAUCUCAACCUCCAAAAAAUAUCCUUCCAUUGAAUUCAGCAAUGCAAGUGAUUCAGAUGGCUCAGUCAGUUGGGUCAGCUGUUAAUGCAGCUUCGGCUAAUCAAAACGUUAUCAUUCUUCAGCCACCCAGCACUACCCCUUGCCCAACAGUGAUGAGGGCAGAGGUACCCAACCAAACAGUGGGUCAACAGAUAGUCAUCAUACAAGCAGCUAAUCAGAAUCCAUUGCCACUCCUUUCUGCUCCACCUUCUGGUUCUGUUCGACUCCCUGUAAAUGGAGCCAAUGCUAUAAUAGGUUCUAAUAAUUCAGUGCAAAAUGUUUCCACUCCACAGACUUUUGGAGGAAAGCAUCUUGUCCACAUAUUACCAAGACCUUCAUCUUUAUCAACAUCUAAUUCAACACAGACUUUUUCUGUGACCAUGUCAAACCAACAACAGCCUCAAACCAUUUCUUUAAAUGGACAGCUCUUUGCUUUGCAGCCUGUGAUGUCUUCAUCAGGAACUACAAAUCAAACCCCUAUGCAAAUUAUUCAACCAACCACCAGCGAAGAUCCAAAUACCAAUGUUGCCCUGAAUACAUUUGGUGCUUUGGCCAGCCUCAAUCAAAGCAUAUCACAGAUGGCUGGGCAAAGCUGUGUACAGCUGUCUAUUAGCCAGCCUGCCAAUCCUCAAACUGCUACAAAUAGUCAAACCACCCCAGCUAACUGUGUUUCAUUAACAACAACUAUAGCACCUUCCACAACAACAGAUAAUUCAGCCACAUUGCCCAAUACUUAUAAUUUUGUGACUACUUCUUCAGUAAACACUGUUGCUUGUUUGCCACCUACCAUGAAGUCAAAAAGGUUGAAUAAGAAGCCAGGUGCCAAGAAACACUUAGCAGCUAGCAAACCAGCAUGUAUCCUGAAUCCAGUCAAAGUAGGUAAGUUAGACUGCCCCAGAACUGAAGGCUCAGCAGAGUCACCAUGUAAUGAUGGGCUGCUGGAAAGCCUCCCUAUUGUCCUACCAUCUGUUGCUGUGUCCGAAGCAAAUAAUGUUAGUGUUUCUGCUUCACAUUCUUUGGAUAUUCUAAAUUCUGAAUCAGUAAUGCCUGAAUCUGUAUCUAAAUCUAAGUCAGCAGAAGUGUCACCCUGCCAAGAAUCUGUAACAAGUGAACAUUCUGCAGCGGCCCCAGAAAAAUCCAAAGAUUCUAUGCCCAUUUUGCAACAAGAGACAUCUCAGGAUAAACCGCCAACUAGUUUAGCAUUGUCAGAUGCUACCAAAUCCUGCACUUCAGCCAAUGUGUUAAUUCCAUCUCCAAGUGAUCCCCAGGUUUUGGCUUCUCAGGUUUCUGGUUUGUCAUCUACCACAAGCACUGCAAGUACUGACUAUGUUUCUGAGGUAGAAAUUGUUGCAGAACCUUGCAGGGUCGACCAAGAUUCAUCAGAUACAAUUCAAGCUACAGGUCUCUUAAAGGGGCAAGGUUUAACUACAUUGCUUUCUGAUCUUGCUAAAGAAAAAGACCCUCAGAAAUCAUCUCUUUCAGUCCAAAUUGACCAUCCUGACUUUUCUUCAGAAAAUUCGAAAGUAGUCAAUUCCAGUGUGGAUUUACAUCCCAAACAGGAACUAUUACUGAUGAACAGCGAAGACAGAAAUCCACCGCAGCAGCAUUCCUGCCUUCCUGAUCAGGAGGUUAUGAAUGGUUCUCUGCUCACCAGGCAGGCUGACUCUCCCAUGUCAACCAGCUCUGGCAGUAGUCGUAGCUUCUCAGUUGCAUCCAUGCUUCCUGAAACAACUAGAGAAGAUGUGACCAGCAGUACAACUAAUACAUGUGACAGCUGUACCUUUGUGGAACAAACUGAUAUAGUAGCUCUUGCAGCAAGAGCUAUUUUUGACCAGGAGAACAUUGAGAAGGAGAGAGUUGGUAUCCAGGCUGAUAUAAGGGAGGUUACUUCAAAGUCUUCUGAAGCAUCAUCUUUGGAGGGAGACCAGCCUUUCAAAUCACACCCUAAAGAGAAUGGCACAAGACAGGCAGAAACAACACCAAAUGAAUUUAACUCUCAGGAUUCAAUUGAAAUAACAGUAGAUAGGCCCCUUGAAAAACCAAGUUGUUCUCUAGGAAUUAAAACAUCAAAUGCCUCCUUGCAGGCUUCUACUUCCCAGCCACCGACCCUCACCAGUUUAAGUGUGAAUAAUCUUAUCCACCAGAGCAGCAUCACCCAUCCUCUGGUCAGCUGUGCAGGGUUAUCCCAAACUUCUGACCAAACAGCUGUUCCUACCACAGUGAAUCUGACUGUUUCAUCUAGCUCCUAUGGCAGCCAGCCUCCUGGACCAUCUCUGAUGACAGAAUAUUCCCAAGAACAGCUAAAUACUAUGGCUAGUACCAUACCAAAUUCACAGAUUCAAGAGCCCCUUUUAAAACCAAAUCAUGAAAACCGUAAAGAUUCUGCCAAGCGUGCUGUCCAGGAUGAUCUUCUACUGUCAUCUGCCAAACGUCAAAAGCAUUGUCAGCCAGUCCCCCUCAGGCUUGAAAAUAUGUCCCUGAUGAGCCGAACUCCAGAUAACAUUUCUGACCAAGCUCAGAUGAUGGUUAGUCAGAUCCCUCCCAACUCUUCAAACUCAGUUGUGCCUGUUAGCAAUCCAGCACAUGGAGAUGGCCUUACACGAUUGUUUCCAGCUGGUAACAACUUUGUGGCUCCUGCAUUGAGACAAACUGAAGUUCAGCGUAGUUCUCAGCCUUCAGUUGCUGAGCAACAGCAAACUCCGGCAAGUCAGCAUCUGCAGGCCCUGCAGCAGCAUGUUCCCCCUCAAGGGGUAUCUCACCUUCACAGUAACCAUCUCUAUAUUAAGCAGCAGCAGCAACAACAGCAAGCAGGGCAGUUAAGAGAGAGGCAUCAUUUAUAUCAACUCCAGCAUCAUGUACCUCAUGGAGAGAAUGCUGUCCACUCUCAGCCCCAUAAUGUGCACCAACAGAGAACUCUACAGCAGGAAGUUCAGAUGCAGAAAAAGAGGAAUCUUGUUCAGGGCACUCAGGGCUCUCAGCUUUCCCUACAACCAAAGCACCAUGCAACUGACCAGUCCCGACCCAAGAGUGGUCAGCCACAUCCCCAUCACCAACAGAUGCAGCAACAGAUGCAGCAACACUUUGGAAGUUCCCAGCCAGAGAAGAGCUGUGAAAACCCUUCUGCUAGCCGGAACCACCAUAGCCACCCCCAGAACCAUCUUAAUCAAGAUAUUAUGCACCAGCAGCAGGAUGUUGGAAGCAGACCACAAGGUUCAGGGGUUACUUCUGAACAUGUAUCUGGGCAUAAUCCAAUGCAAAGGCUUUUGACAUCAAGAGGCUUAGAGCAGCAAAUGGUGUCCCAACCAAGUAUUGUGACUAGAUCUUCAGACAUGACUUGUGCUCCACACAGGACAGAGAGAAAUCGAGUUUCAAGUUACUCGGCUGAGGCACUCAUUGGAAAGACAUCAUCUAAUUCAGAGCAGAGAAUGGGUAUAUUGAUUCAAGGUUCCAGAGUUUCAGAUCAGCUUGAAAUGAGAAGCUAUCUUGAUGUUCCCAGAAAUAAGAGCUUGGCCAUUCAUAAUAUGCAGAGUCAUGUAGACCAUACUGUUGCCUCAGAUAUCCGCCUUUCUGAUUGUCAGACAUUUAAACCAAGUGGAGCUAGUCAACAGCCCCAGAGUAAUUUUGAAGUACAGUCUUCAAGAAAUAAUGAAAUAGGUAACUCUGUAUCAUCAUUGAGGAGUAUGCAGUCCCAGGCUUUCAGAAUUAGUCAAAAUGGGCCACCAGCAAUUGACCGUCAAAAGAGAUUACCUUAUCCACCAGUUCAGGGUAUCCCAGCAGGAAAUGCCAUCCCACCAAGGGACAGUGAAAAUACAUGUCACCAAAGUUUCAUGCAGAGUUUACUUGCCCCACACCUUGGUGAUCAGGUCAUUGGGAGCCAGAGAUCACUUUCAGAACAUCAGAGGAAUACACAAUGUGGUCCAUCCUCUGCAAUUGAGUAUAAUUGUCCCCCAACUCAUGAAAGUGUCCAUAUUAGAAGAGAUAGUGAGAGUCAGAAUCGAGAAAGUUGUGACAUGUCUUUAGGUGCAAUUAACACCAGGAACAGCACCUUGAAUAUUCCUUUUUCAAGUUCUUCUUCCUCAGGAGAUAUUCAAGGUCGAAACACAAGUCCCAAUGUUUCUGUACAGAAGUCCAAUCCCAUGAGGAUUACUGAUAGUCAUGGGACCAAAGGCCACAUGAACCCUCCUGUCACAACAAACAUGCAUGGGGUUGCAAGGCCAGCUCUGCCACACCCAUCUGUGUCUCAUGGAAAUGCUGACCAAGGGCCUCCUGUACGUCAGGCUAAUACUUCAGUUUCCCAGAGGUCAAGACAUCCCUUGCAAGACAGUGGUAGCUCCAAAAUUCGUCAACCUGAAAGAAAUCGUUCUGGAAACCAAAGACAUAGUAAUGUCUUUGAUCCAAGUCUUCCCCAUCUUCCUCUCUCUACUAGUGGCAGUAUGAUUCUUGGACGUCAACAACCUGCUACAGAGAAGAGAGGAAGUAUUGUUCGUUUCAUGCCUGACAGUCCACAAGUUCCUAAUGAUAAUUCAGGUCCUGACCAGCACUCAUUAUCACAAAAUUUUGGUUUUCCUUUUAUUCCUGAGGGUGGCAUGAACCCACCAAUAAAUGCUAAUACUUCUUUCAUUCCACAGGUCACUCAGCCUAGUGCCACUCGAGCUCCAGCCCUCAUUCCAGUUGAUCCCCAAAAUACUCUGCCCUCCUUCUAUCCCCCAUAUUCUCCUGCUCAUCCUACACUGUCCAAUGAUAUUUCAAUCCCCUACUUUUCUAACCAAAUGUUCUCAAAUCCUACCACAGAGAAAGUAAACAGUGGAAGUUUAAAUAACCGAUUUGGAUCCAUUUUAUCUCCUCCCAGACCUGUUGGCUUUGCUCAGCCAAGUUUUCCUCUUCUUCCUGAUAUGCCACCAAUGCACAUGACCAACUCUCACUUAUCUAAUUUUAAUAUGACAUCCUUGUUUCCAGAAAUAGCAACAGCUCUUCCUGAUGGCUCAGCAAUGUCACCUUUGCUUACAAUAGCAAACUCUUCUGCCUCUGACUCUUCCAAGCAGUCCUCAAACAGACCUGCCCAUAACAUAAGCCAUAUUUUAGGGCAUGAUUGCAGUUCAGCUGUGUAAACAGAUAAAGUAAAUGUAAAGGUAUAGGGUGAGGUUACAAAUGUACUUGUGCAUGCUCACAUGCUUAUCUGUACACAAAGAGAGGGAUUAUGUGUGUGUGUGUGUGUGUGUGUCUUUGUGGUUUUUUUCUCUUUGUGUUUAUAUAAUCAAUUUUCAGUGAUCUUCUGAAUGCUAGGGAGGCCAUGUCAGAGAUGAUGCUGGAUUGUCAAAAGCAAGAUAACAAAGUUAUCUUUCAUUUUUAACUGCACUGUGUGCUUUUUUAUCUUUAAAGUAGAUUUCCAUGUUUGAUUUGUAAUUUUAUAGUCUCUGAAUACUAACCAACUGGAGGUUAAGGGAGAUCAUCUUGGCAUGUGCUGGAUAGAAUGAAGGGGCUGAGAUCUGAAACUUGAUUAUUGAUAAUUUUAAAAAUGCUUGAGGUAGUUGAGUUGCUGUCCAAAAAUAUGGGGAACUUGGAUGAAACACAAUGAUUCAUAAUGAGAUGCUGGCUGAUGUCAACAUCUAAAACAAUUUUUUACUCCAUGAUUGGUGUUGAAUUGAUGUCAAAUUGAAUGUCUUUGCUAGAGCCAAGCAUUUGGCAAAUAAAUGGAUUGUUUAGUCAGCUUUCAUUCCCCAGGGUUAGUUAAGAUAGAGGAUUCUUUCUUAAUUAUAAUUUUCAUAAAAUAUCUGAAUUCCAUGAAUUGUUCUUCAAAGUAGAGAAUCACAUUAUCCUUGAAUGUGCCAAGAUCCUCUAAAGCAAAAGUCUUCCUUGGAUAAUUAGCCUUAAAAAUAGACCUGAAAGUAAAGUACAUAAAUAUUUUUCAUUUUUGUACUUGCAGUUUGCAUCAGGCCAUAAGGAUAAAAGUAGUUAAACUGUAGAGUUUUUCAUGAGUUUAAUUAGUAAGAGUGUUUCACCAGUUGAGUUUUUUAGUGAGUUUUUUUGUUUUGUUUUGUUUUUUUCCUGAUGCUGGAAGUUGAACUUAUGCUAGGCAAGCACUGUAGCACUGACCUACAUCUCCAGCCCUCAAUUGAGUUUGGUUUAGUAUUCCUUCUUUUCCAUCAGUAAAUAAUGUGUUUAGAAUCUACGCAUUUAUUUGAGCCUUACUUUUAAGAUAUUUUUGAACAGAGUUUAAGCCCUCAGUAUUUUCAUUUACUGAUAUUUAUAUUUUAAAUAUGGCAUUGUAUAUUGCAUUAUUACCCUUUGUAACAGAAUUACAAUAAGAAGAUGAAUUUGUUUGUUAUUUUUCUUAAUGGUAGAUGUGAAAUGGUGCUUCAAAAAAGUAUAUAUGUCCUGUGGGUAUGUGAAUGUGUGAGAGUAUUUAUGAAAACAGAUUUUAAAGUAUAAAUUGGUCCCUACUAGUCCACAAUGUAUAAAUAUUUCAGAAUAUGUUAUACAUGAUAAAUACAUAGAAUUUUCUGUCAACUAAAAAUAAAUAAAUUUGAAAAAAAAUAGGCCCACCAUCUGAAAAUUGGAAAUUGAAAACUGCUAAAAACAGAAAAACUUGAUGUGGGUGGAGUUUUUUAAAACCACUCUGAAGUUAAUAAUAAAUUGAAAAACACUUAUAUUGAAUUUUGAAAACUUAAGAGAACAACUGUUGUAUACGUACUCAUUUUCUUAAACCUGUUGAACCUGACUUUUUAUUGUUUUAUUCUGCCAAAAAUCAGAUGAAGUGGGAGGGAUGCAUAUAAAUUGUCCUGUCUAUUAUGUUAAAAGAGUGAGCCCACGGCCCAAAAUGUUUUUUCCAUCCUAGGGAAGCCUCCUAUGGCCUGGUCAGAGCAGUUACCUCCAAUGAAUACCUCUUCUAAAGACUCAGUGAAAGGGUCGCUUGUGCCUCUUUAACUGUUCUCACCAAACAUUCCUAUCUGCUUCUGCUGCCAACUAAAGCAGUCUCCCUGGGGGCAAAACAAAACAGUGUAAACAAAAGAAAACCUAUGUUGUCUCCCUUCAAAAAAGUCUUAAAGAAGAACAGGAGCUUCUUGAGUAAGUUUCUUAAGAUGUGGAUAAACACAGCAGUUAAAAACUUUCUAUUGAGGAUAAAAAGCAAAACUCAUGACUUGCUUUUUUAAUUCUCUGAGUUUUAAGCUUUAAUAUUAAGAUUUCAAUUUGUACUUGAAAGGUCCAAUCUCCCAGUUUUGGGGGGGGCAGUUUUCCUUGAGUUUGGCUAUUCAUUCUCCCUCUCCCUUCUCAUUCUCUUUCUCUGCCUCACACACCCACAUAUCACAGUGGCUAUUGAGUUCUGAAGAACUGAAGACUGCUAGAUAUAGUUGGAGUUAAGGUAUUGGCUAAGAAGAUUUAAAAUUUUUUUUUUCUUUUUUUGAGACAGGGUCUGACUGUGUUGCCCAAGCUGGUCUCAAACUCUUGGGCUGAUAAUCAUCCUGCCUCAGGCUUCUGAGUAGCUAGGACCAUAGGCAUGCUCCACCAUGCUUGACUGAGAAGCUCAGUUUGAAUAUUGGGUUACAUAGGUCUUCCUUUUGCAUAGAUUCCAUUUUACUGCUUAGCUGUGUUCCAGAGAUAGCAUUUGCAUUUUCAAAGAAUUUUCAUUCCAAGAAUAUAACACUUUGAUAUUGAAUGAAUCUCAGCAAGGCUUAUUUGAGCACCUAAAGAGAGAUGUGGCCAUCUGCAAAUAAUUAGGCUUCUGCUUAUAUGUACCUCUACCUUAUAGACAUAAUGCAUACAUAUGUUACAGAUCAUUUCAUAAAUAGGCUCAAUUCUGAAAGUGUUCACACAAUAGUACUCUUAUUUGAUUUAAAAGCAUAAGCAGUUACUAGCAGUAUUAAGUUAAAAUUAGAGCUACAUGAUUUGCAGGGAAGAAAUUUGUUAUUUACUACCUUGUAAUAUCUGGACAUAAUAUUUGGUAAAGGAAUGGCAGAAAAUGCAGUCAGUUUUGCUUAUAAUAAAUUUAAUAUUAUUUUUGUCUUGCUAACAUGGCUAUAUAAAGUUAAGUCAUCCCCACAAAUAAUUUUGUAACUUACUGAAACACACGUCUGAGUCAUAAGUGAGAGUCACUGAUUAAAUAAUUUCUCUUUUAGCAUUAUUGAUCACAGAUUCAGUUAUGGAAAGUCACUGAUUCCUUUCAACUUUAACAGUAAGUUUUUUAUUUUUGUGGUACCGGGGAUCGAUCUCAGGACUUUGCACCUGUGAGGCAGGCACGGUGCCACUGAGCUAAAUCCCCAGCCCAACAGUAAGUUCUAAUGAAAUGAAAAAUUUCAGAUUUCUUUUCAUGUAUUGACUUUGUCAAUGAAUUUGUUAAAUAUGUCAGUCAUAGAUGAAAUAAACCCAUUUUGAUUUUUUGAAAAUACAGGUUGCUUUGGCAUGUCACAUGUUUUAUAUCACUGCAGGAAAUUAUUUUUUUUUUUACUGUAAGAACUUUUAGGCUAGCAGAGGUAGCAUCUUUUUUCUAAGGGAGGCCUGAGAUUUCCAGUGAUCAUGAUUUGUAAAAUUUAACUGAACUGUGGAAAUGGAAAUAUUCUAAUAUUAGACCUUUUAUGGAGAGGUUAAAACUUAUUUCCACUCCAAAAAUGUGGCAGUACAUUUUAGUGGGAGUAAAGUUUAAAAUGUUUUUUUUUUGGUACCGGGGAUUGAACUCAGGUCCUUGUGCUUGCGCAGCAGGCGGUGAAACCACUGAGCUAAAUCCCUGGCCCCACAGUUUAAAGUCUUAAGAAAUGGUAAAGACUUACAAAUACACAUUUUCUCAGCUUUAUUCUUCCCCUGAUGUAUAAGUACAUAGGCUCUUAUUUUCUUCCAUCUCUGUGCCAAGUAGGUGACAGGGAGCCUGAUCAUUUCCUUAACAGAAUAAUUACUCCUUUGUCUUGAAACAUUUAUUGGGCCUAACAUCUGUUUGUGUGUGGUAGUGAAUCAUACUCUCAAAUCAGUGAUUCCCAAUUUCUGACUUUGGAACCACUAUGGUUUCAAGAGCAACAACAUAUUUGCAAAAAGAAUUAGUUCAAAAUUUAUCUAAAAUAUGUCUGUGUGCCAUAUGGCUCUGUUCCUUGGUUUGAUGGACUUGUUUUUUCCCCCUAUGGUGCAAUGAACAAAGGGCAAAGGUGGUGCCAAAAUGAAUGGCUUUGGGUUGAUAUCCUUAGGAGCCUGGAAAUCUUUGCAGUUCUGUUAUCUAGACAAAUGCUGCCUGUGCCUGGAGGUAGUGGACCUACCAGAGGCAAUAAUAAUAGCCAACGGCUAGAUACAUAGAUUAUACUGGAGUAAUCGCUGAGUGAUGGUUUUAUGAUACUGAUAUGCAAUUAAAGGCAGAAGUUAGUUUCUUCUUGAGAUGCCUUUUUGCUGAAUGUUACCAUUUUUCCUUUCCCAAAGUUGUACAGAAAAGGGUCCUUCUUUUUUACUUAACUAUACUCUGCAUUCUACUCUUCCUGUGUUGGGUUUCUACUAGAGUGAAACCUAGAGAGUUUCUAUUAGAGCCUGUGGAGACCACCAAGUUUAGAAUGAGGCAGUCCAGAUACUCUAGGGGUAGGGGACAUUGAGGACCUUGUUGGAUGCAGACCUUCUAGUUCUGUCCCCAUGCAUCUGUCCUGGUACUGCACUUUAACUGAAUCUGUGCCUCUAGACCAGAUGCUGGAGCAUAUCACUUGCCCACUCCUCUGUUAUAGUAAAGGACCAACUGGGCUGGUACAUGCUGUGUAAUCAAACACCUAGAAGACAAGUACAGUUGAUGUUUCUCACUGUUGCCUUAUCAUUCUCUGAGCCAUCUUUGAAGCUGAUCUUGUUAAAAAAAAAAAAAAAAACUAGUUAGUAGCAAAACUCCUUUAAAUACAAAGCCUGUAUGUGGUGGUCAUUUAGCAUCUUUAUUUCUAGAUUUGUAUAAACUAUCUACUGUAAUCUUUUUCUUGCACAUGUAUGUGGUCAGAUCCUUCAUAAUCAUGAGUCAGGUUGAAAAUAUUGGACAUAAUUCCAAACUGGUGUUAUUUGGGAUGACUGCAUAAUCUGUCAUAGAGAUUCUGUGAGAUAGAAGACAACUUCAUUUGUAAUGUAAUACAUUUUUUAAAAAGAUGAUCUUUAAUUUUUUGGGUCCUUUAUGUGUACAGCGAUACACCAUACUAUAGCAUAGGAACUUAAUGUCUGAUCUGCUUAAAUCCCUUCUUCACUUUUCUAAGACCUCUCUGCCCUCCCACCCUGAAGUCUUAAAAAACCAUUUUCAUCUGUGCGGUCACUGAGACGCUGAACUUGACUAUCGUGGUAAACUUUAUGGGGAGUUGAACUGUUGAUCUUCCAAGAAGAAAGGGACCAGACAGUGUUGCUUGAGAUGCUGCAGUUGAGUUACUGUGAAGAAAAGAUUUGCUUCCACUUUCAGCAGGUUAUAUAUCUAUAUCUAUAUCUAUAUUUUCAUUUUGGUAAAUAAAAAGGGUUAAAAAAUCUGAGAGCAUAAUUACCUUCACAAAUUAUUCAUAGAUAUACUGGGUGAGAAGCUUACUGUAAGGCAGUCACUAAGAAAAAACUAAUUUUACUGCUUCAACAGUAUAAUAUUUGUAUCUAGUAUCGUGCCAGCAAGGUCUGCUGUGUACUGUCUCCUAUUACUGUAAAUCACCUGGUUUAUAAUUCUAAUGGAAACGAAUUUGUUUUGUAAUGGAAUUCAGAAAAGAUAUGUAUAAUAUGAUCAGGAUUGUCCUACAGUUGUAAAUAAGAAUAGGUCCUGUUUAUUUUGACAUCUUUUUACAAAUGCGUUGUAUUAGGGUGUGAAUAUUCUGAACCAUGCUCUUGUUUAAAGUUUUGAAAUUUUUAUUGUUAAAUGUAACAUUUUAAUGGUUGUAAUAAUUAUUUGUAUAGAUAUGAAUAUAGUAUUUUAUUUAAGAAAAUAAACUUUGCAGCUUUUUGCAUUGUGAA